ACUGAUGAGGAGCUGAUGUUGCUUCUGGCGGUGGUGUGUAGAAUUGGACUGGAGACUCAUUUUCAGCUGCUACCAACUGGACACUUUAGCCUCCUGCUCCAGAAUCUGCUCAAAAACAUCACACACUGGGAUGUACAGAUAUCUAAAGCUUGUCAAACCCUGACUGAUUUGUCAGAAGAUCAUCACAACCUCAGGAGACUCGUUUAUCUUCUGCCAGAUAGCAGUUGUGGAAAGCAAUUAAAACAACACCUGAGUGUGUCUAUCAUCUCAAAGCUUUUGAAUCACACCUGCACUUAUAAACCCUCAGGGACAGAGUUUAAGCUAUCUGAGCUGAAACCUUUCUUACCUCAAAUGCGUCCCUCAUCCCUACUGAAAGGCCUCAGGUCUGCAAGGAGAGCAGAAGAUUGUGAUGACAAUCUAGACCAACAAGCAUAUUACCUCUGCUACAGCCUUUUGACUUUGACAAAUGAAGCCUCCAAUUUUGAGUUUUUACCCUCGGCUCAGAGA